GUCCCUAGGGCAAUUGUUAUGACAACUAAAAUUGUUCUUAUGCACAUACUGUUGCUCUUGAAGGGAGCAAUAGUGGCACAUUUAAAAUCUACAAAGCAUAGUCUCAAGUCUAACAUUUAUUUCAUAUGAGCAAAUGUUAAUAGUCUCAUUGCUAAUCUGUGGCACAGUGUUCUGGUCCUCUUAUGGUGUUUUCUGCCAUCAGAGUCCAGUCAUUUGUCCUAAUUUCUGUUUCUUUUUAGACUCAGAUCUUUGAGGGUGAACUCAUUAUGACUCAUCACUACAGCCCCCUAUGUUUCUAACUGAUGUCCCCGCCUUAGGAUGCCACAGCAGUGCUCACCAUGAAGACCUCCCAUGAACCGUGGCCUUUGUGAUAUUUCCUUCUUUGACACGUUUCCCACAUAAGGUGGUGUGAGGACACCAUGACAGUCACAGUGGUUUAUGAUAACUCUGAGGCAACAGAGCUCUGUGCUGCUCAGCACCUCUACCUCAAGCCUAUAGCAAAAUUAAUGAUCAACGUAUUGCUCCCAGAAUGUAUAGAAUCCGUGAGGCCCUUCUCUAACUGGGAAGUUCUUGACCAACUGAAAAGUCUCAUUUGCCCUGACCAGUUCACCACAGUGCGACUCUCCAAGAGUACAAAAGACUUCAUCCGAUUUGAGGGUGAGGCUGAAACCCGAAGUUUGGUUCAGAUCCUGAAAGCAAAGUUACAUGGGAAGAUCAUCAAGCUAAAUGGUUUGAAAACUGACUUAAAAGUAGUGGCUACAGAUGCCCAGGGAGAGUGGGAACACUUCCCCAAAGAGAAAGAGGCCUCAGUGACUACGGGAGCUGAAGAACAAGACCAUGAGAAGAGCCCAGAUUCCAUCUAUUUUGAAGGCUUGCCCUGUAAAUGGUUUGCUCCUAAAGGUUCCAGUGGAGAGAAGCCCUGUGAAGAGAUCCUUCGAGUAGUCUUUGAGAGUUUUGGGAAGAUCAAGAAUGUGGAUAUCCCCAUGCUUGACCCCUACAGAGAAGUGAUGACAGGUGGGAGCUUUGGGGGCUUUAACUUUGGCUUGCAAACGUUUGAAGCCUUUAUCCAAUACCAGGAGUCAACUGACUUUAUAAAAGCCAUGGAUUCCCUUCGAGGAAUGAAGCUCAUGCUUAAAGGAGAUGAUGGCAAGGCUCUGGCAUGUAACAUUAAGGUUAUGUUUGAUACCACCCAGCAUUUCAGUGAAGGAGCUAUUCAGAGGAGGAAUCAGGAAAGGCUAAAAUUACAAGAGCUGGAGGAAGAGAGGAAAAAGGAAAAGAAGAGAGAAGAGGAAGUAGCUGAAAGUCAAGAGAAGAGAAAGAAGGCCCGGGACAGGAGGAGAGCUCUGAAGGAAAGAGACAGACACCGGCAAAGAAAGGAGAAGGUGAAAGCUAAGACUGGGGCUACUCAGGAGCUGGACUCUACGGAGGAGUGGGAAGAGAGGAAGUACUUGCUGGCUCAGAGGCGGGUUGAAGCCCUUCGUUUGCUCCGCGUACUCCUGAAGAAAAUUGCAGUUUGGAUGAAAGGGGAGAAGAAUCUUGAGCCUUGUCAGGCUCAUAUUAGCCUUGUCCUGAACUAUCUGGGAUCCACACAGUGUGACCCACAAGAGUUUGAUGCUAUGAAGCCUGAAGCUCCUCACAGCCCAGGGGCUGCAUUGAAACCUCCAGAGGAAGAAGAAUUCAACGCACUGCAACUUACAGAUCAGAAAGAAAUGCCAGGUAAUCAGGCUCCUAAGUCUGACAGUAAACAAAAACAAAAGGCGAAGAAAAAAACUAAGACCCACUUACAGAAGUCUUCACACAACCCUGCGGUGAAACAAGUAAGAUACUCAACUAGAAAAGAGGAAACUGAAAAAGUGUUAACUGAUGGGUACGAUUACAGUUUGGUCUCUGACCAGAAUUCCUUGCAGAGUACAAUGAAUCCAGACCAGUCACUUGAAAAAGAAGACCACGAAAGUUCUAACAAAUCACAUUUUUCUAGACAAGUUGUGCUAAACCAUGGUAGGAAACAGAAGAUCUAUGAAACAGAUGAAUUUAUUGACUAUCUAUUAAACUAUUAUCAGACUCCAGAGUAUGCCCGAUUCUGCUUCGAAGCAAGUUACCUAACAAGCACAUGUCAGUGGCAGAGAGAUGUCUAUGCCAAGGGGGAUGGGUUUCAGGUCAAUUUGAGAAAACAUGGGUGCCACUCAACCAGUAAGAGUGAAGUGGAGAGCCUGGAAAGGAAAGAACAGGAUCCAGAGCAGGACUGGCCAAAGGUGUAUAUGAAGGCUCCUGGGAGCAAGUUAGAAAAGACAGAGAAGGUCAAUUAUGCCAAAGAAUUUACUAAGCAAUCUAAAAACCAUUGCAAGGACAUAGCAAGUGAAACUGAAGAUCACCAAUCCCCAGCUGAUGGAGAAAGCUACCCAGUGGAAAACAUUCACAGCCAUGGAGUCAAAGAUUCUCAACACACCUCAUCCUUAAGGUCAGUGGACGUAGGUUUGCCAUUGGCGGACUUCUUAGAGGAAAUUAGUAGUGAUUCUGAGUGCUUCAGUGAAACUCGUAGCAUAAAUGAAGAGGAGGAAGAAAGGUCUGUGGCUGUCUAUAAUAGCUCCCCUGAAAAAAGAUCUCUUGGUACUGACAAAAUCAUUACUUGCAAACAGAAAAGUAGGUCAAGUCAGCAGACCUUGUAUUCAGAGUGGAAACAUGACACUGAGGAAAAAUGCUCUAAACAGAAGGAUAGAGCAUCAGGUAAAAGGUCCAAGUAUGAACUGAGAUAUUCUUGGCUUGAGGAUGAAUGUGAUGCCAUUCAAGUUGACAAGAACAUAAGCAAAACUAGAGAAAAAAUGGCCCCCAAAUACAUGCUUGAUGAAGGCUUCUACCAUGAAUCCAGUUCCAGUGAUGAAUUAGAGAGCAUCACAAGAAAGAGGAGGAGAGUUACUGGCAGUAUGUUUGGCCAGAAUGUGAACUAUAGACCCCUUCCUAUGCCAUUAAUGGCACCAAAACGUGCUAGAGCUUUCUAUUUGGGAUACUUCUCCAGAAAAAGGCAGAAUCCUUGGAAGUCAGAAUAUAACCAGGAUGUAAGAAGGUUUAAAAGAUAUGAAAGUUCCGAAGAUUACAUGCUUGAUUCUGGUAAUUAUUAUGUUAGUCACGACAACCAGGAGCACAUUGAGUAUGGAAGCUACUUAGGAGACAGCUACUCUGGCUCUUUGUAUUUUAACAUGUUCUGAUGGCCACUUUGAUCAGGAACACCUUUACUUAACAGGAAACAACUGACGAAAAGAAAAACUUCAAACCAAAUAUAGCUAUGUUGUUAGCAACCACAGAGCAAGAACUAGAAAAGGGUCAAGUGCAACAGCUUGUUCCUCUUGCUGAAGUUUCCAAGUGUAGGUCAAAAUGACUGCAGGUAUGCCAGCAAGGAAAUAGAAAACCUGUAGGUUCUGAAGCUUGGGGAAACAAUGGAAUUGCAAAACUUCAUGGUCCAAGGACAGCUUUUAUUUUAAGCUUUAAUUUGGUGCCAGUAAAGGAGCAGACUAGCAUUGAGAAGGCUGACUUAUCCUUCUAUGGCUCUUUUGCUGUAAUAAUAUCUUGCAUCAUCUAUCUUCAAAGAGAACAAUAGUGGACAAAAAGGCAUCUUUUGAUGUGUUCUUAGAUUUGGUCAGUAGCACUAUGUAUGGUAACAAACUUUCCUGAAUUUUACUUCAUAAUUCUAGAUAAAGGAGAGAUCCAGAUGCUAGAAUCUAUAAUAGAUUUCAUGGCUUUAGAAUUUCAUGAAUACCCACCAGAAGGAAAUGAAUAUAUUCCCAGUACUCAAAGAAGAAUCAAAAGGGGCCGAUUGCCCUUUGAUAGUUAAAUAGAUGGGACCAUUAGAAUUUUUCUUGCUUGUUUUAUGAACUCCAAUCGCUUUCCAUACAAAAAUAAAAACCAGGAUUGAAUUUAUAAAAUCAGGGGGAUUAGCAAAAGGAAAUAUCAACAAAUCCUGGAGCAUCAAUCAUGGCACUUGGGAAGAAAAGUUGUGACAGUAUUCUAUUUCAGGCUAUGUAAUCCUUUCACUCAGGGUUGGGUGACAUCGGUUUGUAAAAAGUCACUGAAUAUCCCCCAAACUGUCUUUUAUAAAACAGUAGCAAGUGCCUCCUCUGCCCUUAACAAUGCCAUGGAGUUAGGAAGAAUUAAAAGAAAAGUCCAUAGUUUUCUAGCUGUGGAAAACUUGUAUGUGUGCAGAAUUUGUAAACGAUGUUAAAUACGCAAUUUAUCUUUUUGCCGACUCGUUUUGGACUUCUUAAAUAUGUUUUUAAAUUGAGAUAUUUGUAGAUUCCUGAAGACUUACCCCUUAUCACAGUGCAUGUUCUAUAGAAAGCGUGGCCAACUCUUUCUGCCUUACAUUGGAUUCAGGACCUCAGGGCAGUUAGUUGACCUUCGUUUGCUCAACAAAGCUAUACCUGACCUGGCAAUUGGUGAUGAGUGAAAUUUGAGACUGCCUACAACAGGAAUAGUUGUUUGGCAUCCACAGCAUCAGUGAAGGGCAGCAAUUUCAUUUCAGUCUUGACUGGACAUUCUGCAGGAAGGCAUCUACUAGUGGGGGUGUCUAGGAUGCCAGUCGGUGGGGUUACUAUUGGGUCUUCCAUUGUGUGCCCGUAAACUGCCUCUUGAGCAACCUGGUGUCUCAAGUGCUUACAAAAUUUUAUGAUUGCCCUGAAGUAAAAGCCACAGGUUGUUUUAUUGGUCUGCAUAUUCCUAUUUGGAGAGAGGUAUGUUCACCCAUGUGAAGGUUCAGAAAGGCAUGGAACAGAUUCACGUGUUACUAAUAUAAAAACAAGUGACUAGCGUGCUGCCGCUCAUGUUCAAUCCCACUUAAAAGCCAGUGGUUGCUUUCACUGGUAAAGCUAGGUUUGACUUCCAAUCCAAAAGAUUGGUCACGGGUUGAGAGUGCCUUUUUGGUUUCAUUUUUGAGGACUAGCAAUGACUAUUCGUGUACAAAGUACUGUUGCCCAUAGUAGCCUUGGGAAUUACUAACAGCUCAUAUUUUGUCAGACAGUUUUCUGGCAACAUAUUAUUCUCCUCCAACAAAAAUCUGCCCCCCCCAUUUUAUUCCACUGAAACAAACAAACAAAAAACCAUUAUGGGUUUGUAAUAGAAAGCAGCUGAUUGUUUUCAAACAAACAAAACCCAUUCAAUUUCUUCCCUCAUUUGAUCAUUUUUUCAUGAGGGAUUUUAGGCAGUUUGUCUCAGUAAGAAUUAAAAAUCAAAGUGCAGAGUUCAGCAGCAUGUGCAAGCGUUUUCUCUAUUAGAUGUGGUGCUAAGUCAUUUUGAUGCAGCACUUUUGUCCCAUUUCAUUUGUUUGCUGAAUGCUCUUCUGGGGCCUACAAGUAAAAAUCCCGCUUUUGCUGAACCCUGGGUUUUUUUUUUUUUUUUUUUUUAUCUGUCUGUGGUAAUGCAUUGUAGAUUUGCUUCAACCUCUUUUUUGGUGUAGACCUUAAGGGAGAAACGUAAUAGCUUAAUUUGUGCUUGUCAUUCGGCGGCUUAGUAAAGAAUGUAAUGGAACAAACUGUUACGACUGCUUUAUUUCUUGAUAUUGUUAAGUUGUGAAAUGUAUUUUCUCAUAUCUUCUUUUUGUCUUAUCAGACAAGGGCCUGAGUUGUUUUUAUUUAAAUAGGGGUUUGUACGCUUUCCUUCUAUGUGCUGCUAACCCUGUAAGGAGACGUCUGUAAAUGUGCUUUGUUCAUUUGUUUGAAUUUCUCAGGUAGAAAGCCAUGUAACCUAGGUAAUUUGAAAACACAACCAAAUCAAUGUGUUUUUGUUGCAAAACUGUUUGAACGUGUUGAUUUUAAAGUAAGUGGUGAUUAAUCCCACUUUGGGGGACGUUUCUCUCUGUAGUAUAUGUUGCGCUGAUGUUGCUCUUUUUGCUUAUUUGCAUUGUUAGAGAAAUGAUGCAUAUUUUAAUUUUCAUAUAUUUAAAAAUAAAAUUGUCAAUAGUGACAAUA